ACUGAAUUGACAGCCCAACUUCAAAGCGAUAUCUCUCAACAUCUAGAGCGUGCACGCGCUCCAAGCUCUCAGAGAUCUCGCAGAAGAAUCCCUACUAUAGGGCCAUUGACAGUUAAAGAUGCAAAUCGUCAGGUUGCUGAACGUGCUGAAGCUGAACGAAAGAAGAUUAUUUCCCGUGUCCGGAAACGCCAACCUUCAAAGCCAAUUCCCACCACUACACAACGGUCGGAUACUGUUGAAAAUACUCAGGGAGAUAGCCAGGAUCCAGGAGAUAUUAAUGCGCUAUUUAAUGUAUUUAGAUACUAG